UGCCGUUCAGAGAGCGCCCCAGUUUGCCUCUAUGCUGUUCUCUUAGAGGGCAGGUCCUCGCACAUCCCUCUCCAUCCGAACAGAAGCGCCACAGCAGAAGACGAAGAGUAGCCUCAAGGGAACUGUAGCUCAGCUACAGGUUGGGGCAUCUUCCUUCGCUGGACUGACCGGUGGGCAGGAUGAACGGACGCAAAGCCGCCUUCCUUCUCUUGCAGAUCGUCCUGCAACUUUGCCCUGGCUUUGCCGCUCACGCUCAGCCUGCCCCUCAAGUUUUUGAUCUUCUUUCUACACCCAACCAGAGGCUAGUAAAAACCUUCUUGCAACAUACAUUGACCGAUUCUGGACUGAAUGAAGUUUACGUGCUGUCAGCAUUCAAACUGCAACCCAAAAGUACAGCUGUUGUGUUUGGUCUAUAUUCCUCCACUGAAAACAGAAAAUAUUUUGAAUUCACAGUAAUGGGGCGGGUGAAUAAAGUUUUCCUUCGGUAUUUGAGGAAUGAUGGGAAAUCAAAUGCUGUGAUCUUCAGCAAUGUGCCAUUGGCUGAUGGGAAGCGCCACACAGUCCUCCUCAGGCUAAGUGGCCUGCAACGUGGCUACAGCAAAGCAGAAUUGUACGUGGACUGUGUGCAGAUGGAUUCUAUUCAAGAUCUGCCUAAAGCCUUUUCAGGACGGUUGCAAAGCUCAGAGUCAGUGGAAUUACGAACACUGCAGAGAAAAGCACAGGACACUUUGGAGGAGUUGAAGCUAGUAGUUAGAGGAUCAUUCUCCCAAGUAGCCAGCCUCCAGGACUGUUUUCUUCCACAGAUUGAGCCAUCAGUUCAAUAUCCAGGUGUCUCUACAGAUGACUUUAAUAGGCAAUUAUUAGGUCACAUGAUGCAAAUGAAUCAAAUUCUAAGUGAUGUGAAAGAUCUUCUCAGACAACAGGUUAAAGAAACAACAUUUUUGAGGAAUACAAUAGCUGAAUGCCAGGCAUGUGGUUUGGGAGCCGAAAAUUUUCCCACUCCACCCCCACAGCCCCCUAAGCCCAAAUGCGAAGACAGCACUUGUUUCCGAGGGGUGCGAUGCACUGACACGGCAGAUGGAUUUCAGUGCGGGCCUUGUCCUGAAGGCUUCACUGGAAAUGGAGUUAUAUGCACAGAUAUUGAUGAGUGCCGAUAUCAUCCAUGCUUCCCAGGGGUGAGAUGUGUGAACACAGCUCCAGGUUUCAGAUGUGAGGCCUGCCCACCAGGAUACAAAGGGCAAAUUAUUCAAGGAGUGGGAAUCAACUCUGCCAAAGAUAACAAACAGAUCUGCUCGGACAUAGAUGAAUGUCAGAACAGUGGAAAUGGAGGUUGUGUCCGCAAUUCCCAGUGUAUAAACACUGUGGGCUCCUACCGAUGUGGAGCAUGUAAACCGGGAUUUACUGGAGACCAGAUCAGGGGAUGCAAGACUGAAAGAAGCUGCAGAAGUCAAGCUCUGAACCCUUGCAGUAUCCAUGCACAAUGCUCUGAAGUACGGCAAGGAGACAUCUCAUGUAUUUGUGGGAUUGGCUGGGCUGGCGAUGGUUUUGUGUGUGGAAAAGAUGUUGAUAUUGAUGGCUAUCCUGAUGAAGAACUUCCAUGCUCAGCUGAAAGCUGCAGAAAGGACAACUGUAAGUUCGUUCCAAACUCUGGACAAGAAGAUGCUGAUGGGGAUGGAAUAGGAGAUGCCUGCGAUGAUGAUUCUGAUGGGGAUGGCAUUCCUAAUGAUCAGGAUAACUGUGUGCUGUCUCCUAACGUCGACCAGAGGAACAGUGAUCAAGAUAUCUUUGGUGAUGCUUGUGACAAUUGCCACACGGUCUUAAAUAAUGACCAGCGAGACACAGAUGGAGACGGUGAAGGAGAUGCCUGUGAUGAUGACAUGGAUGGAGAUGGUAUUAAGAAUGUUUUGGACAACUGUCAGAGGGUUGCAAAUGAGGAACAGAAAGACAGGGAUAAUGAUGGUGUUGGUGAUGCUUGUGACAGCUGCCCAGAUAUUAGCAACCCAAAUCAGUCAGAUAUUGACAAUGAUCUGGUAGGGGAUUCCUGUGACACCAAUCAAGACAGCGAUGGAGAUGGACACCAGGACAGUACAGACAACUGCCCCACGGUCAUUAACAGUUCCCAGCUAGACACAGAUAAAGAUGGGCUGGGGGACGAAUGUGAUGAGGAUGAUGAUAAUGAUGGAAUUCCAGACCUUGUUCCUCCAGGCCCAGAUAAUUGCCGGCUUGUUCCUAACCCGGGACAGGAAGAUGACAACAGUGAUGGAAUUGGUGAUAUUUGUGAAUCGGAUUUUGAUCAAGACGCUGUGAUCGAUAGGAUUGAUGUUUGUCCUGAGAAUGCAGAGAUCACCCUGACAGAUUUCAGGGCUUAUCAGACUGUCGUUCUGGAUCCAGAAGGUGAUGCUCAGAUUGAUCCAAACUGGGUGGUUCUGAACCAGGGCAUGGAGAUUGUGCAGACCAUGAACAGUGAUCCUGGACUUGCUGUAGGUUACACAGCUUUCAAUGGAGUUGAUUUUGAAGGUACUUUCCAUGUGAACACUGCAACGGAUGAUGACUAUGCUGGCUUCAUUUUUGGUUAUCAAGACAGCUCCAGCUUUUAUGUGGUGAUGUGGAAACAGACUGAGCAGACCUAUUGGCAGGCAACUCCAUUUAGAGCUGUUGCAGAACCUGGGAUUCAGCUGAAGGCUGUUAAAUCCAAAACUGGGCCUGGAGAACACCUUAGGAACUCACUUUGGCACACUGGGGACACUAAUGAUCAAGUCAGACUGUUGUGGAAGGACCCUCGCAAUGUAGGCUGGAAAGAUAAAGUUUCCUAUCGCUGGUUCCUGCAGCACAGACCUCAGGUUGGAUAUAUUAGAGCAAGAUUUUAUGAAGGUUCUGAACUGGUGGCAGAUUCUGGAGUAACCAUAGACACUACCAUGCGUGGAGGAAGACUCGGUGUCUUCUGCUUCUCUCAGGAAAACAUUAUUUGGUCCAAUCUGAAGUAUCGCUGCAAUGAUACUAUCCCAGAAGACUUCCAAGAAUUUCAGGCUCAACAGCAUGGAGUUGGAAAUAUUUAAGAGAGACUGAAAAUACAAAUUGAUAUAGCAUACAGUAAAGCAAUAUAUAUUAACUUCUUAUAUGACUUUUGCAAAUCCACACUACACUUGUUAUGAUUAUAUAU